GUGUGCCACCAGCAGGACAGGCUGCUACUCUCAGAAAGCAAUUGUGUUAAAGGUAAAGGAUCGAGGUCCGAGCAAGGCGCUGCUAAAAGCUGCAUACUCUCAGAGAACAGCGACAUUCCUCCCUAUCAGUGCAGAUCCCUCCAGCGGUGCACAGGAAGUCCUUUUUGGAGAAGUUCUGUGUUUUCGGAAUCUGCUCAAGUGUUGUGCAGAGUGAUCUGCAGCUGCACACAAUGAUCCCCAAGAUUGCCUUGUGUUCCCAGACUCUUCGGAGCAACUGUGUUUUUUCCAGAUCUGUAAAAGUUUUGCAGAGACCAUGGACGCGUCAUCCAGCACUACCUGCAGCGAGUCGUGGCAUCCAUGUGGACUUCCCACCCAUCAUCCCGUCUCUCACCACCAGCUACGUCCACGGCACUUCCUCCACCUCCCUGCUUCACACUACAAUAGGAGAGUCCCUGCUGAGGACGGUGGAGCGCUGGCCUGACCGAGAGGCCGUGGUCUUCCUGGAAGACGGAGUCCGCAAAACAUUUGCACAGCUACAGAAGGAUGUGGAUCAGGCUGCAGCUGGGCUGCUGGCACUUGGGCUGCAGAAAGGAGACCGGCUCGGCAUGUGGGGCCCCAACACUUAUGAAUGGAUCCUGUUCCAGUUUGCCACAGCCAAAGCUGGCAUUAUAUUGGUGGCUGUGAACCCAGCGUACCAACUGCAGGAGGUGGAGUAUGCACUGCGGAAGGUUGGGUGUAAAGCUAUUGUGUGCCCCACACAGUUCAGGACUCAGAAGUACUGUGACAUGCUGAGACAAAUAUGUCCAGAGAUCGAGACCUCCACCCCAGGAGACAUCAGGAGUCCCAGACUCCCAGACCUCCGCUCUGUGAUCAUUCUGGGUAGUCGGCAGCCAGGAAUGCUUCAUCUGGAUGAUGUGAUGCAGGCCGGCAGCAGCCAGUACAUGCAGCAGCUUCAGGAUCUGCAGAGGAAGCUGUCCUUUGACGACCCCAUAAACAUCCAGUUCACCUCGGGCACAACUGGAGCUCCAAAGGGGGCCACGUUGUCUCAUCACAACGUCGUCAACAAUGCCUACUUUGUUGGAAAGAGAGUGGGAUACACCUGGAGACCUCACACUCGUAUCUGUCUCCCUGUGCCUCUGUACCACUGCUUCGGCUCUGUGGGUGGGGGGCUCUGUAUGGCGCUUCAUGGCCUCUCUGUGGUCUUUCCCUCCACUGGGUAUGAUGGAAAGGCCAAUUUAGCAGCUCUGGAGAGUGAAAGGUGCACAUUCAUCUACGGCACACCCACCAUGUAUGUUGACAUGAUUAGUCAGCCAGACCUGGCUAAGUAUGACUUGUCAUCAGUUGAAGCAGGCAUCAUGGCUGGUUCUCCUUGUCCUCAAGAACUUGUGAAGAAGGUCAUUUCUGCGAUGAACGUCAAGGAAAUUACAAUUGGAUACGGCACCACAGAGAACAGCCCCGUCACAUUCUGCGCGUUCCCGACCGACAACAUGGAGAGGAAGUCUGAGACCGUCGGCUGCAUCCUCGACCAUUUAGAGGCUAAAAUAGUGAACCCAACAACAGGAGAGAUGAUGCCGCUGGGGGAGACGGGGGAGAUCAUGAUCCGAGGAUACUGCGUGAUGUUGGAGUACUGGGGGGAAAAGGCCAAAACAGACGAGUGCAUCUCUAAAGGAUGGUACAAAACCGGAGACAUUGCCAGCAUGGAUGCGUUCGGCUACUGUAAAAUCGAGGGCCGGAUUAAAGACAUGAUCAUCAGAGGAGGGGAGAACAUUUAUCCUGCGGAGAUCGAGCAGUUCCUGCACACACACCCCAAAGUCAAGGAGGCCCAGGUGGUUGGAGUUGAGGAUUCCCGGUUGGGUGAAGAAGUGUGCGCUUGCAUCAAACUGGCAGACGGAGAGGACUGCACUGCAGAGGAAAUCAAAGCUUUCUGUAAAGGACAGAUUGCACACUUCAAGACUCCCUGCUACGUACUUUUUGUGACCAGCUACCCACUCACCAUCACUGGAAAGAUCCAGAAGCAUUUACUAAGAGCGCAGGCGGAGCAGCAGCUCGGGCUGAAGAAGGAAAAAUGAACUCAUGUAACGCAUAUGUAAAUUCAAGUACUUAACAUCCUGCCCCGCAAACACACCCAACCAUCAGAACAUCUUUAAAAUCACUAUGAAUGAUGACCAUGAACACACACACAUUGUAGUUUUUCUAUCCCACGUACACCAUUGUGCUGCUACAAAUAGAGGAACAGCAACUAUGGAUUAAUCCACUGCUGAAAGUAGUCCCUACAAAUCAUUCUUACUGUUUAGUAUUUUAUUUUUGAUAAAGACUUCAGCUUCCAAAUCUUUGAGGAAAUUACAGAGUUACUGUGAAAAAAGUGUAAUUAUUAGAUUUUUUUUUCUUUUUAACAGUUUUUAUGAUGUGUUUGGGGUUGAUUGCCACACAGGGCGGGGGAGAUGGAGAUUAUUUUGAAGUAAGACAUUAAAUUCAUGGGAUUUGUUCACAAUAUGAAAAAUAUAGAAAGACACUGGAAAUGUGAACAUAUUAGCAUACUGAAUAUCAUCGCAGAACUUGUAGUGUUGUUCUUUUUUUAUGCUGCAAAAACCUAUUACAUUUUAUUUUAAGGAUCUUGAAAUAAAUUUGGUACCAUAUUUUCAAAAAUAAGGUGUGGGUGUUCUUCUUAAGACUUUGGAAUUAUUUAUUAUAUAACACUUGACUUUUUUAACCAACUUUUUUUAAGACAUUUACUAAAAACAAACUAUACCACGAACUCUCCAAGUCAAAUGAUAGUGUACGUUACUGAUACAAAAUACUAUGAUAUACUGUAUUAUACUAUGACUUUUCUGGAAAAACUACUCUAAAUGUAUUUCCUGAUGUUGACAUGCUAUACUCUGACUUGUGUCAGCAUAUACUGUCACGAGUCACAGUAUAGCAUGUUGUUUUUUUAUCAUAUUUUCGACAUAUGAUUAAAAUAUGAUUAAAAAAACAACAUAGUAUAAUAUGAUGGAAUUUCCCCCAAAACUACAUAGUAUAGCAUGUCGAAAAAGAAAAAAAAGACAAAGUAUAGCAUGUCUAAAUAUGUAAAAAAAAACUACAUAGUAUACUAUGUUGAAAAUAUGAUCAAAAAAGACAUACAGUAGAGUAGUAUUUUGAAAAGAAAGAAAUAAACAUCAUAAUAUACUACGUCGAAACACAGCACAUUUUAUCCUGGUGAAAAUAUCUGAGAUAAUAUACAAUGUCCACAUAAUAAAUAAACAAACUCUAUAAUAAAGUAUGUUGGAAAUGAGAAAAAAGGUCAAAUGUGUCAAAAUUAGCAGAAAAGGCACACGGUACAGUAUGUCAGAUAAACUAAACAGUAAUACCAUGUGGAUCAAAUAAAACAUAGAAAAGUACAGUAUACUCUACUAUGACUCUAUUAACAAAUGAUCCUGACUCUUUUUGACCCUUCUGUCCUAGGGUUACACACUUAGCUACCUGAACAUUUUAACACUUCUUGAAAACUAACUGCCGGAUAUGAAUCCACAUGCUGCAACUCAUUUGAGUAUUGGCAUAUUAUACAUAAUCUUUACCAUCAACUUUUUAUGUUAAAUGAAAAGACCAAAACCAACAAUGAAUUGUUCAAAGUCAACUUUAUUGUCAAUCUUUCAGUUUGUGGGAACAGACACAGAAAUCAAAAUACUUGUUUUUCAACCUAAAGGUUGUGGUAGGAUGUUUUGAGUAUGUUCAUGGAUUUGUUUACAAUGAAGACAAUAUGAAAUAACCCAAGCCUAGUUCUUCAACAAUACCCUUUUUAACAAAUAGUUAGACUGAAUAUCAGUGCAUAAAUUGUUGUAGAUGUUGAGCCACUGAGUUCCCGACUCAAAAGCUAUUCAAAUAUUUUUAAAUCAGCUUGAAAUAAACUUUGUACCACAUUAUUAGUACAA